GACCACCUACUCACUCUCAUCCGUAGCGCCGGCAUAGCUUGCUCUCUCGCUCGGUCUCCGAGAUAGCGUAAGUGGCCUUCUAUGAUCGGACCGAGCUGACACGCUCUAGUGAUAGCUGUGUUGUCAUCUUACUACACCUCUAGUAGCACUAACAGUCACAAGAGACGUAACUCAACAAGUCCUCUUUGACUCUCAAGACUGAAGAUAAUAUUAUCUAGUUCUACAAUCUCUGACUUGCUGGCUGGUUUCAUCGAAGUCUCUUUCACAGUUCAGUCAUUCAUGAAGCAGUUCAUUUUUAUUUUCUUCCACAUUCCUCGCUUUCUCCCAUGCACUACUGACCGUUGCAGUUUUUACCCUUGUAAUCACGCUUGAACUUGAAGAAAAGUUACCUGCUCUAGUACUUGCAUAUCUUUAUCUCACAUCUGAGUAUUACACGCUUGCUUCUCCAUAAACUGCUUUUCUCACUUCUGCUGGAACUGUUUAAAAAAAGAUUACAAGGAGCGGAGAUGCAAGUAAAGUUGUAAUUUCUUUGUUACUUGGGGUAAACAAACUUCCCAAACCGGUGUGAGUUUCUCAAACCGGAACUUGUAGUAAGAUUCUGUAUCGCUUUGUACAUAACUGUUCCCGUUUCAUUGCGAUAUCGUGCUGAUUCGUGAUUCGAUAUCCUGUCCGAAUUGUCAGUGUACCAAAAGGGGCCGUCAAAUUGGCUGUUUAAAAAUAAAAGAACAAACUGGGUCAAUAGAUUUGAGUGAAUGUGGCUCGUAUACCUGGAUUUUGUGUAAACCCGUCGCAUGUUUUAGUAACUACAAAAGAACUCACUCGUCUUACGGACGCUUCGACAUUUUCUUACCUGAACUGACCAUCCACCCUGGUGUGUGCAAAGGUGAUAGUAGAUAGACAGUGGGAUACGUGGACCGUGUUGUGUGUGAACUCUGACCUCAUGCAGGACCCGUACUCCCCUCUGCUGGCACCAGGCACGGAGAAAACCGCGGUGACCUACUGGAACGGUGGACACAGGUACCCUCACUAUAUAACAGAGACAUCGUUUUCCACCAUGGCCAAAGACACCCGGGUCACGUUCGACAACUCCUCCCCCAACCCCAGCAAACAGAGCGGCAGAGGGCGCCACAGUCGCGCCGAGAGACAGAUCUCUUAUGAAGAGACGGAAAACUGCGUCAACGAAAUGAGCGAAUCGUUCCCCGGUUUGAGCAACAGGGCCCAUCGUCUGAUGAGGCAGGUCAGCGAAUCCUUCAACUUCCGGACCAUAAAAGUCGCUCUCAUCACCUCCGCCAUUUUGAACCUGCUCCUGGGGAUUCCUUUCGGGGUGUUUUUCGGUAUUUGGAUUUCCCAGAAGAACGAGGGGGCGUCGUCAUCGUCUUCACCUUCAUCUUCCCCGUCUUCAUCUUCCUCCUCAUCUUCGUCUUCAUCGCUGGUGCCCGUGGACAAUGGCUGGCAGAACAAUCAAGACUUGGGCCAUGCCUUGAUACCCGUCCACGGUUGUUACCCCUGCUCGGACAUAACCUCACGGGGAUUGAAGAACAGGGUCAAGGUCAAAUCCAGGAACGACAUCUGCUGUACAGAAGUGAAAAUUCCAGAGAUGGAUGGCGCCUCCUUUACAUUUUCGUACGCGAACACUAUGAGGGGAGGCGACUCAGACAAGCAGGGGUUCCCGUGUCGGGGAUCGGGUCGUGGCGAUCUCGGCUACCCUAUCGAGGCCACAGCGGCUGCUCACAUGAUGCUAGACGUGAAGCAGACGAAACUCAACAUCAAAGGACACGGACAUUCGGAAGAGUACCCGCUGUCCUGGAUUUCUGAUGACCCGGAAGGGGGCCUGAACUUCGUGGGUGAGGGCGUCUACUACUCCAAAGGCCAGAUCACCAUCAGGUCGUCUGGAAAGUAUCACGUGUACAGUCAGGUGACCCUGAGCACCACCGAGAACCCUCUGGACGAAGGGGACGCUGAGAAGAUCAUCGUUCACGCCAUCAUCGCAAAGUCCAAAGGCACGCCAAAAACGCUGGUGCUCUCGCAGGUGACCAUCAAGCAAAACGAGGUCCGGAGCACAAAUAUGGAGGGAACUUUCAACUUCUCCAAGGGUGAUGUCAUUUCUAUAUACGUGAGCCACCCUUCGUUUCUGAAAGACGUGCGACCUGGGAAUACGUUUGGACUAUUCAAGUUGUAGUAUUAGAGAUUGUUCGGUUUGUAUGUGUGUGUGUGUGUGUGUGUGUGUGUGUGAGAGAGAGAGAGAGAGAGAGAAAGAGAGAGAGAGUGAGUAGGUAUGUGUACAGUGUGUUUGUGUUUGUGUUAAAGACAAUGACGACUGAGACAAACAGAGAAUAUGAUGAUCAUGAUGCUAACGGUUAAGGCUGGUGUGUUGGCGUAUUGUAUGUGUGUCUGUGUUUGUGUGUGUGUGUGUGGGACAGACACAGAGAGAGAAA